UUUAGGUCUGAUCACUACAAUUGUGAGUUGGCAUUGUUGAAACUUCUCAAAUCACAAUGGACGAUUUUGGUCAUUUUCCUACGAUUGUACGAAAACUUUAUUCUCUCCUUAUUCUUGACCUUCAGCGUGAUCCUUUUGAAUCUAUGAAGGUAUUGGCAUUGUGGAUUUGGCUUGAGCAUACUUGCCUUUUCAGCGAUGUUAUUAGAAAGAUCGCAUCAUUCACUCAAGAUUUUAUUAAUCAACUUGCUGAUGAGGCUGUAACCUGUCUCAAAUGCAUUGACGAUACAGAGUAUCUUCUCUCAACCAAUGCAAAUGAUAUUCCGUUAACCAAAAAAGUCACUAGAAAUGAUUUAUCUAUCUUAUUUUUCUGUCAAAAUCGAAAUGGUACAACUAGUGGGAUAAGAAAAAUUGUAAUUGAGGUUUGUCUUAAGAUACUGCCAGAUAUUGUGAGGGAAUCCUUGAAUAGAAGUUCCGAACAAACUUCGAUGCAAAGCAAUAUGUCAAUGGGGCCACCUCUUGAUGAGGAAUAUUUAAUCAAAAGAGUUUCUCAGUUGGGGCUUGAAGGUGAUAUGAAGGGACAUAACAUAUCAGAUGAAGAACUAACAAUGUUUGUUACUUUCUCCAAGGACUAUCCUGUAACUGAAUUGGAAAUUAGAGAAUUCAUUGCACCAGUUUUUGGAGAAUAUAUUGAGUACAUUCUAAUGCAGGAGGUGAAGUCCAAUGAACAAGCUCUUUAUGCUCAAAUUGUGUUUUCUAUACCAGGAAUUAUAGAGUUUAUUCUUCAGAAUGAAUCCAAAGCUAAAUUUAUUAUCAAUGGAAAGGAGGUGUGGAUGCAAAAGUUUGUCCCAGAAAAUGGCAACUCUUCCUUCCCUUAAA